AUGGUUCAUCUAACAUCCCAGGUAUUGCGCCGUUAUUAUGGAGGUCAUGUUGUCAUCCGAAUGGCUCUCGGGGGAUGCGCCAACAGACCGUUCUACCGUAUUGUUGCUGCCUACAAUAAGCGAGCACGGGAUGGAAAGCACUUAGACAAACUGGGGACAUACGAUCCACUGCCCAAUGUAUAUAAUGAGAAACUCGUAAGCCUGAACAUUGAGAGGAUUAAAUAUUGGAUGGCCUCUGGAGCACAGAUUACCAAACCUGCUGCAAAACUUUUAGGACUUGCAGGGUUCUUUCCAUUACAUCCAAUGACCAUCACAGACGCUGAAAGAUUAAGGAAAGCGAAAGAGAUGGCAGCUGAGCAACCUGAAGAGAAUUCUAGGGAAGAUGAGACGCAUCAGGGCUGAGUUUGCUCAUCCACUCAUCACUUGCAUUUAAACCAGAAAGACUUUGAGACUCUAAAAGAAGUUUUCCCCUCAUACGUGGCAGCCUGCAACCG